AUGCCCAUAAACCGCACUCCCCCCACCUCACCGCACCCGCUGACGUCUGUCGCGGGGACAGACGAGCCUGCGACCACAUUGCUUUGCUUUGAAUCUACAUUGCAUCAGUGCGCUUCCGCGCCUAACUUAUCUGCUGACUCAAAUAUAACGGAACGGAAGAAAAGGAAGUUUGACGGGGCGGUUUCGAAUUCUUCGGAGAAAAUAAAUAGAACCAUGUUUGCUGCAUUUUCAAAUAAACAGGAGAGUUACUACGAGGAUUUAAUGAGUAAAAUGAAUAGUAUAAUUGAACAAAACGUCGAAUUAAAAAAGAGUGUUGAAAUGAUGUCCGAAAAGUAUGAUGAAUUUUUAAGUCGUAUAACAACUUUGGAGGCAGAGAAGAGGGAAGACAGAAAGUUGAUUCAACAGCUUGAGGAUAAAAUAGAGCUGCUAGAGCGCUCAACUCGGGCUACAGGUAUAGAAAUCCGUAAUGUUCCGAAAACUGAGGGAGAGACAAAAGAUGAUCUAUGCGGCUUAGUCAUGAACCUGGGACAAAGCUUGAACUUGGAUUUUACUCAGACUGAUUUAAAGGAUGUGCACAGAUUUAAAACAAAAGGCAACUCCUCUCCCAUUCAUGUCAAUUUUACCUCAGUUAUAGCCAAGGAAAAAGUCAUGAAUGGCAUAAAAACCUUCAAUAAGAAUAAAGAUAAAAGUGAAAAGCUCAACACUACUCACUUGAAAAUCAAACAUGUCAAACAACCGGUUUACAUAUCAGAAUGCCUUACCUACAAAACACAGAAAUUAUACUAUCUUGCAAGAACACAACACAAAAACUAUGGCUACAGCUUCUGUUGGACCUCCCGUGGUGUUGUUUAUCUUCGAAAAAAAACCGGUGACCCCCAAAUUCGAGUAAACUCGGAAGCAGAUUUUGAAAAACUUCGAUGCUCUAAUUCUAUA